UCUGAAUGUGAAUUAUGAAGACGUACUGAUGAAGUGAUGAUACAUACAUGUAUUUGAAUUUAUUGGAAAUUGAUCGCGAGAUAUGGAAAUGGAAGUGUUGAUUUUGAAAAUUCAAACAACCGAUGAAGAAAAAAAAUUCAGAAAAAAAAAGUUUCCGAAUAUCAAGUCCCUUUUUGAGGAAAAAAUACGCUGCACCACAUGUGGAAAAGAUUUAAUGGAGAAACUAAGAAAUAAAAGUAGAGUCGUACGAAUACAUCCAAUACUGGAUGUCUUAUGGUGUCGGAAAUGUGAAAAAUUCUACGGUGAUGGUGAAUUCUCGGCUGACGAAGAAGACGGAAGACAGAAGUAUUGCCGUUGGUGCGGCCAGGGUGGAAGUCUUUAUUGUUGUAACAAUUGUCCGGAAGUAUUUUGCAAGAUAUGUGUAAGACGUAACUUUAAGAGAAAAUUCGCACAAGAAGUUAUGGAAAACCACGAUUGGAAAUGUUUUAUGUGCGUAAAUCGGCCAUUGUGGCCAUUGCGAGCUAUUUGCAAUGCAGCAAAACGCAUAUUGGGGACGAAUGAAAGUUCCAGCGGGCCAUCUGCCACUGCACCUAUUAACGAUAAUUUAUCAUCCAUGGCUGAACGUAACGACGAUGCCAACGAGAAAUCGAUGAUAUCAAACAACGAUUCAUUGGCUGUCAACGUGUCUUCUAUUAUCGAAUCCUUAAAUAGUUCUGAAGAAAACCAUUUAAUAAAUUUAGAAUUUUUGAGAGACUACGAGUAUUGUUUACUAAACUGGAAUCUAUUUCAGCGUGAAGUAUUGUCAGUACACAUAGGUCAAGCUGGAGUCCAACUUGGUAGCGCUUGCUGGGAACUGUACGGAAUCGAGCAUGGAAUCGGUCCAGAUGGUUAUCUAUCUGCUGAUACUGCAAAAUGCAGUUCGAUAGACUUUUUUGACGCUUUUUAUCACGAAAGUUCAUCCGGUAAACAUAUCCCUCGAGCGAUUUUAAUCGACUUGGAACCUUCAGUCAUUAGUGAAAUUCGCAAUAAUCAAUAUAAUUCUUUAUUCAAACCUUCAUCUUUAAUUUGUGGUAAAGAAGAUGCAGCUAAUAAUUAUAGUCGAGGAUUUUAUACCGUUGGUAAGGAAAUGGAGUAUUCUAUAAUGGAUAUCAUUCGAAGGCAAGCCGAAACGUGUACGAAUUUGGCUGGAUUUUUUAUAUUCCAUUCAAUGGGUGGUGGUACUGGAUCCGGUUUAACGUCGCUGAUUAUGCAAAAAUUAGCUGCCGAAUACGCGAAGAAGCAUAAACUGGAAUUUGUUGUGUAUCCUUGUCCAAGGCUCUCGACUUCAGUGGUCGAACCUUAUAACGCUGUAUUAGUUUCUCAUGGCACAAUGGAGCAUAGCGAUUGCGCCUUCUUGGUUGACAACGAAGCACUCUACGACAUCUGCACACGUCAGCUCUACAUGGAAAAACCAACCUACGUCAACUUGAACAGAAUUUUCGGCCAGGUCAUCUCAGCGUUAACAGCUUCGAUGCGAUUCGACGGCUCUGUGAAUUUAGAUUUAUCCGAAUUCCAAACUAAUCUCGUUCCAUAUCCCAGAAUACAUUUUCCAUUAGUCACGUAUUCGCCAUUCCGUUCCGAUUUAUCCCUACAGCACGAAAAAAUAACGCUGACAGGGAUAACUCACGAUGUAUUCGAAAGAUCCAACCAGAUGUUACGAUGUGAUCCAUCUCGUGGCAUGUACAUGGCGUGCUGUUUACUCUACCGAGGUCUUAUUCAAAUGAAAGAAAUCACUUCGACGAUCCGCGAAAUAAAAAAUAGUAAAGUUAGGUUCGUCGACUGGUGUCCCACCGGUUUUAAAAUAGGUAUAAAUUUCCAACCUCCUACUUGUGUACCCGGUAGCGGAUUAUCCAAAGUCAACUUUUCGCUUUGCGCGAUCAGCAAUUCGACAGCUAUUGCUGAGGUAUGGUCGAGGAUUAAUUAUAAGUUCGAUUUGAUGUUCGCCAAACGUGCCUUUACGCAUUGGUUUAUCGGCGAGGGUAUGGAUGAGCAAGAGUUUAUCGAUGCUAGGGAGAAUUUAGCUGGUUUGGAGAAGGAUUACGACGAAUGUUGCAGACCCAGCUCGAAGCUCGACGACUCCGGUGAGGAAGAAGAAGGUACUUCGUAUACGACAACCACGAUGAUGCCUCAAAGUACGACAAGAGAUGAUACCGCAGAAAGUAUCAUAUCACAAAGUAGUGUUUUGUCGUAGCUUUUGAUGAAAUCGUGUUACUUGUUAGAUUGUAAAAAAUUUGUUGUUUGUUUUGUUUUAAAAAUUUAAGAUUUGUACAGAUAUUUUGACUCUUUUGUGUGUUUAUUGUGAGUCACCAGCAACUUGUAAAAAAAUGAAAUGUAUAGGUACCUAUUCGUUAUAAUCAUCUGUAUGUACGAAUGUUUUGAAAUUAAA